GAAGCAGGAAGCAAUUCAUAACAACACAGAUGAACCGGAAGAGGAGGUUGUUUUGUUGACAUCAGACGAACACAAGAAACAGGAGAAUAUAAAUGAUAAAACAAUAAAUUAAUUGAAUCAACCAAAGAACUACCCGUGUGCAAAGCUAAGCAGCUUCUUGUAGACCUAACCCCGGAGUUGGGGAGGUCUUGAGCACACUGCCUCUUCUGUGACCACCUCAUCUAUCCCGAUGCUUACCCUUUGAGAGCUGCCCGGCACCUACCUCCUGAGGCCACCUGCUUUGCCCUGUUGUCAAACAGAGGGGAAGUGAGAAGCAGCAGCCGACAUGGCAGCCAAGGCAGGGGACAACCCCGACAGCCUCAUGGCACUGACCACAGCCUUCUGCCUGAGGAACCUGAGGAGGACCAUGUGCUACCUGGGAGAGAGGAACAAGCUCUGCCUGUGCUCAGACAUCUUCCUGCCCAGCGAGAUCUGUGACAAGCUGGUCAACACAUACAUGGAGCUGGUCCAUAUGGACAGUAACUUUGAGCCGCAGGACGGCUUCUUCCAGCUGUUCUCGGACCCGCACAGCACCAGGCUCACCCGGGUACAGCUGAGGGAGGACUUUGUGCGUGACAGGGACCUGGAGGGCAUUGGGAAACAGGACUUGAUAGAGCUCCACCUCACCUACUGCAACAACCUAUCAGCUCACAGCCUCAGGACUUUAACCAGAUUCCGCCAGACCCUGGUCUCCCUUAGCCUGUUCGGCUGCAGCCGCAUCUUCUAUCGCAAGGGUGGUGCCCCACUGGCAUGCGACGAGGAAGAUGAGGAAGAGAGGCCGGCCUCCAGACAGGCACCGGACACAGACUUCAGCUUCCAGGGCUUCAACCGGCUGCGGCUGCUCAACCUCGGGGGUCUGCCUGAGGAGGUGGACGCUGAGGCUCUGCUCAAGCCCCUGCCGGCCCUCACCUCCCUAGACCUGUCCGGGGUGCCGCUGCCCAAGGCUGCCUUCCUGGCCCACUGGAAGGAGAGGCUGGCCUCACUAGUGCUCUACAAUGUGGACCUCUCCGAGGAGAUAAUCAACACAGUGGUGGAGCUGGGACACCUCAGGCACCUGGAUAUCUCCAGAGAGUGCACCUCCAAGUUCAAGAUGACCCGUAAGAUCCUGACGGCCAUUGUGCAGGGCCUAGUCAACCUGGUAUCACUGGACAUCUCAGGUCAUAUCAUGCUGGACAACUGCACAGUCCCACACUUCGAGGAGGCCAUGGGACGUCCAAGUAUCGAGCCCUGCAAGAGCAGCAUCUACCCUUUCCAGGAGCUAAAGAGGCCUCUGCAGUUUCUGGGGCUCUACAACACCACCCUUUGUAAUGUGACACACAUCCCUGCUUACAAGGUCACAGGCUCUAAGAAUGAAGACCAGGUCCUGAAUGCCAUCGAGGUCUACACAGAGUUCCGCCCGGAGCUGGCCCACCGAGCGAUCAACCAGCUGUUUGAUAUCGCCAGGAUACAGCAUUGCAGCCAGCUAUUGCGGGCACUGCAGCUGGUGAUCGCUGCACUGAAGUGCCACAAGUACGACAAGAGCGUCCAGGUGACGGGCAGCGCGGCCCUCUUCUACCUGACCAACACAGAGUACCGCAGUGACCAGAGUGUGCGGUUGCGCCGGCAGGUCAUCCAGGUGGUGCUCAACGGCAUGGAGCAGUACCAGGAGGUCACGGUCCAGAGGAACUGCUGCCUGACACUGUGUAACUUCAGCAUCCCUGAGGAGCUGGAGUUCCAGUACGGCCGGGUCAACCUGCUGCUGCUGAAGAUCCUGGAGCCAGCCCGGCAGGAUGAGUCCAUCCAGCGCAUCGCCGUGCACCUCUGCAACGCCCUGGUCUGCCAGGUGGACAACCACCACAAGGAGGCUGUGGGCAAGAUGGGCUUCGUCAAGACAAUGUUGAAUCUCAUCCAGAAAAAGCUACAGGACAGGAUGUGUGACCAGGUGAUGGAGUUCUCCUGGAGUGCCCUGUGGAACAUCACUGACGAGACGCCAGACAACUGUCAGAUGUUCCUUAACUGCAAGGGCAUGGGCCUCUUCCUGGACUGCCUGAAGGAGUUUCCAGACAAGCAGGAGCUCCACCGUAACAUGCUGGGCCUGCUGGGUAAUGUGGCAGAAGUGAGAGCUCUGCGACCACAACUCCUCACCCCACAGUUCAUCUCUGUCUUCAGUAACCUGCUGGACAGCAAGGCAGAUGGGAUUGAGGUGUCCUAUAAUGCGUGCGGGGUGCUGUCCCACAUCGUGUUUGAUGGGCCAGAGGCGUGGGCCAUGGAAGAGCCACUGAGGGACACGGUCAUGGACAAGAUGAUGGACGCUAUCCAGAGCUGGGACGUCACCUCCCGCCGGAAUAUCAACUACAGAUCCUUUGAACCCAUCUUGCGCCUGCUUCCCCAGAGCAUUGCCCCAGUCAGUCAGCACUGGGCCACGUGGGCACUCUUCAACCUGGUGUCGGUCUACCCGAGUAAGUACUGCCCUCUGCUGAUAAAAGAUGGAGGGAUUGUUCUCCUGGAGAAGGUGCUGGAGCUCCAGACAUCACAUGAAGAGACCAAGGACAUGGCACGGAAGGUGAUGGAGCAGUGUGAGAACUUCAAAGAAGAUCCCAUGGAAACGACGAGGUAGACAACGGCCAACAGAGGACGACGUCAGGAGAGCAGUACCACUAGACGAACAAAAAGGCAAAACUUCAUAGGAACCCUUCACUAUCUUCUCACCACAAGUGUCAAUUGUGUGCAUCAAUUUACUGUAGAGCAGAACAACUGUUCUUUGCCUCUCAGCCAGGCUUUCUGGACAGAACCUUGUUAUGCGACACUAUUAGGAAGUUGAGAUGUGGUGCACGGAGUUGGUGUGUCUGUGUGUGUGUGUGUGUGUGUGUGUGUGUGUGCGCGCGCAUGUGUGUGUGUUGCACACACAUGAUAAGCAUAAUUUGUAUAAUGUAUUUGUGUUCAUUUAUUGAUUUGUUUUGCUUUUUGGUGGGUGUGCUUGUCCUCGUUUGGGUGUGAGUGUGCUAGAGUGUGUUUGCGUGUGUAAUGAGUGUGUGUAAUAAGAGUGUGUGUGUGUGUGUGUGUGUGUGGAAGGACGUAUGUGUGUUAUAAUAAGGAUCAAAACACCAGGGAGAUGUUUGCCUCUGAAAAAUAGGAAACAAAAAUGGAGGUUGUUAUGGUAUUUUUCCCACCUUAGUCUGUUAUAUUGGGUCUCCGUUGUAUAAGCUUAAUUUCCAACACAGCGCCGUCAACGCCCAUCAUGCUCCUUCUCAGAAUCCUCAGUCCACAGCAAUUUCUGAUGCAGAAAUUUCAAAUGGAUGACGCCAUGAGGUGUGGACGGUCGAUUAGUUUUAUCCCAAACAGCACUGAUCUGUGGACAGUUGUUAUUGAGCAGUGAAGUUGCCAUGUCUGUGGAUGCAUCUCUAUCCCACACUGAUCGAGAGCGUGACCGUGGAGGUGUGUAGCCGUGACAAGGACCCCAGUAGAAGUCUUCCUAGAUCCUGUGGCAUGGGGAAGGACUUUUUGUUUUUCGUUGUACGUAUUUGGAGUUGCCAUCUGUCCCAUCAUUGUUUAUGUCAGUUUUUUUGCUAUAUAAUUAUAAACAUUCCUAUGAUUUAAUCUGUAAAUCUAGGCUUUGUUCCCCAUUCCUUAGAUAUAUAACCCACAAAGGAGCUGAAUGAUGAGAAACAAAUCAGGAAGGACUAUACUAUUAGGGGUUUUGGAAUCUCAACCAAAAAAUGCCCAUGUUCUUAAAUGUUAAGGAAAAUCUGAAGGUGGAUGAUUUUAGCUUUGUGUCUUUCAUGUAUAUGGAUACAAUGCCCUCAACCAUAAAGUCUUAGUGUCAUAUAUUUAGAUUUGACACAUUUAGGAAA